AUGAGUCCGGCUGGAGUCGGGCUGGAGUCCGGGCUGGAGUCCGGGCUGGAGUCCGGGCUGGAGUCCGGGCUGGAGUCCGGGCUGGAGUCCGGGCUGGAGUCCGGGCUGGAGUCCGGGCUGGAGUCCGGGCUGGAGUCCGGGCUGGAGUCCGGGCUGGAGUCCGGGCUGGAGUCCGGGCUGGAGUCCGGGCUGGAGUCCGGGCUGGAGUCCGGGCUGGAGUCCGGGCUGGAGUCCGGGCUGGAGUCCGGGCUGGAGUCCGGGCUGGAGUCCGGGCUGGAGUCCGGGCUGGAGUCCGGGCCGGAGUACUUAUUUUUAGAUUAUGAUAAUGGAAAGAGCCGCCUGCAGAAAACCCAGGAGGAGGUGGACGAGGUCAAAGUCAUAAUGUUGGACAAUUUAAACAAAGCCGACGAAAGAGCGGGAAAACUCAGCGACCUGGAGGAGCGCGCAGACAUGAUGCUGCUGAAGAGUAAAGCCUUUGAAAAGACGACUGUGAAGGUGAAGCAGCAGAAACAGUGGCAAAACAACAAAAUGAAAAUCAUCUUCAUCGGAGUCGGGAUCGCAGUGGGAGCCGUCAUUAUCGGACUCAUAGUGUACGCCAUCGUGGAAAGUGCACAGAACUAA